GAAUUUGUAGGAGACUGAGGCAGAUGGAACUUAUCUGAAUAACCUGGGGUGGGUCCCAGGACAAAUGAUGCCGAAACUCCAGAAUUGGCGGCCUGGCCGGACCCUCCAGAUGUCUUUCAGCCCAUUAUGGUUGAUGGUCCGGUAAACCUUGGGGAAGGCGAGAUUGUGAUUGUAAACUUGCCCUGCCUUUCUGCUAAUUCUUUCCUGUAGAAAGGGUCUCAGGAUGGGAUGAAGAUCAGACGCAGAUUCUUUUCGCCAAAAUGCUGCUGUUGCUCCUGGGAAUCAUCGUGCUCCACGUAGCAGUGCUGGUACUCCUUUUCAUCUCCACUAUUGUCAGUCAAUGGAUCGUAGGACCUGGGCAUGCAACUGAUCUCUGGCAGAAUUGUACCAUUCAGUCUUCAGGAAAUGUUCAGCACUGUUUCUCAUCCUCUACAAAUGAAUGGCUGCAAUCUGUUCAAGCCACCAUGAUCCUUGCCAUUAUAUUCAGCGUCAUUUCCUUGUUCCUCUUCUUCUGCCAGCUUUUUACUCUCACCAAGGGUGGACGAUUUUAUAUCACUGGAAUCUUCCAGAUCCUCUCCGGCCUGUGUGUGAUGAGUGCAGCGUCAAUCUACACAGUGAGACACACAGAGUGGCAGCACAACACGGAUUAUGGCUUUGGCUUUGCUUACAUCCUGGCCUGGGUAGCUCUUCCUUUGGCUCUCACCAGUGGAGUGAUCUACGUCAUCUUGCGGAAACGCGAAUGAAACUCCCCCAAGCUGCUUGUAGGAAGCUCUGGAUAUCCCUGUGGAAGGGAAAAGGAAAACAAUGAAACACAAAAGAAAUAAUCAUAAAAUCCAAACCAAACCACAAAAAUGGAGGGAGGUUUCUGUGUUGAUAUGUAUAUAAUAUCUAUGGUUUUUUUUAAAACCUAUUUAUAACACUUUCUACAUGUAUGUACAUAGCAUUGUUUGCUUUUGUCUUGACAGUAUGCCUUGAGUUAAACCCUAAAGAAGUGCCUAAGAAAGUUCAAAUACUAACAGUGUAAUCAAAGUUCAAUAUUUUGUUUUAGUUUUUCCUUGAAAUUAAAUGAUCACCUGAUAUUUUUCCUUCCACCUUCCAUUUCAUCACUUACUGCCCUUACCUGAAACUGAAAACAGCCCACACAUCUGUACCACUUUCCCUCAUUUAGAAAACAAUAUAUGCCCAUCUAAUCCCAAAUGGACAUAAACCACAAGCCCCUUUAUGCUGUAUGAAUUAAACAUAAACUGCUUAAAUUUCCAAUGUGUGCAUUUUCAGGGACAUAUUCUCUCCUUGAAAACUAGAACCCAUGCGGAAAGACAGCUAGCAACUUUGAAGUAUUUCUCCCUUUCAUGUAGGUAAAUCAGUGACACAGUGAUCAGCUAAGCCAUAUCUAUAAAAUGGUGCUAUGUAUUUACUAUUCCUUAUAUUGCUAGUCAUUUAACCUACUCACUGGAAAACUCAGUUAACAAUUUUACAAGAUAAGGUAAAAUGGAGAAUUGAAUAAUUCUGUGUAAUAUAAAUAGCCUACAGCUGCUUUUGUACUCAGGCUGCUAUUAUUUCUUUCAUCUUUUUUUUUUUAAUAAAACCUUCCUAAUACUCCCUCCUUUUUUUUUUUUUUCUUAUGACAAGCCUCUAGACUCUCCGGGGCCAUGAACACUCAGGGCUCAUUUGGGUGCAGCCUCUUUUCUCUGCUUCAAAGGAAUGUCUGGCAAUGACUUGUAUUGGCAAACAACUGUAGAUGUGUAUGCAGUGCCUUCUGAUGCUCAGACUCCAAACCUUUUUUGCCUUUCUGAUUUUAUACAACUUUGUUGACUAAAAUGCAUUGAAAUAAACAUCAGAAUAACUCAUUGA